AUGAUGAGGUCACUAUCUCUUCUUUCGGCCCUGCUGCUAUUACAGACCUGCGCAGCUGGGCCAAGUCAACAUUCCGCUGAGACGGUCCAAACUGCUGUCGGCGGCGAUGCUGAUAAUCAUGAACCCCCGCUCUUUGCUGGGGAACCAGAACCCCGACCUAUGACCCAAAGGGUUGAGACGGCAUGGAAUACCCUCCGUACCGCAAAACCCGCAAGCCCCCAAACAGACAAGUCAACAGGCAUCCUCGGAACUGCCAUAUACUAUGGCCGCCAAACAUUCCGAAUCCUCUUCCUAAACGGCCCCACAACCGACAAACCACAGCGGAAACUCGACGCAAAUGUCGCAAACGCCGUGGCAGAGCUGCGCGCAGCAGCAGACGAAGAACAAGACCCAGAUGCGAUGUUCCUACUAGCAGAGAUGAACUUCUACGGCAACUUCUCCCACCCCCGCGACUUCAAAGAAGCAUUCCACUGGUAUCAUGAGCUCGCCUGGCUGGAUGGGAAUAAUACCGCCCAGAAUAUGGUUGGCUUCAUGUAUGCCACAGGCAUUGGAGGUGCCGUUGAACGCAACCAGGCUAAGGCGCUUAUGUACCAUGAGUUUGCUGCCGAGACGGGGAAUACGCGCUCCGAGAUGACCCUUGCGUAUCGGUAUCAUAAUGGCAUUGGAACGCCGAAGGAUUGUGACCAUGCACUUGUUUACUAUAAACGCGUUGCAGAUAAGGCUGUUGAGUUUUACCGCUCUGGUCCGCCUGGUGGUAAUGCUCUCAUUCGUGACUCUUAUCGUUGGGCUGAGGAGGAGGGUGGUGUUUAUGGUGCUGGUGCUAGUGUGUCGAGUUCUGGGCAGAACGCGCGUGACGCUGCUCAGGCUAGUCCUGAGGCUAGUGUUGAGGAUAUUCUGGAGUAUUUGGAUCUUAUGUCGAGGAAGGGCGAGCUGAAGGCUACUUAUACCCUUGGCAAGAUGAAUUAUGAGGGUGCUCGGGGUUUGUCGCGCAAUUUCCGUCGCUCUAUGAGGCAUUUCAAGGUUGUUACCAAGAAAUAUUGGAAUAAGGAUGGUACUGUCAAUCAGAAUGCUCCGGCUGGGCUAGACAAGCUGGCUUCUAAAGCGGCUGGACAUAUUGGUUUGAUGUACCUCCGUGGAGAGGGAGUGGAGCAAAACUACGGCACUGCUCUCACUUGGUUCCGACGUGGUGUUGUGAACGGCGACUCUCUGUGCCAGCAUUGGAUGGGCCUGGUGUAUCUGAACGGAUACGGGGUGCCUCAAGAUGGCUUCAAAGCCGCCAACUACUUCAAGGCUGCGGCAGACCAGGAUCUCCCGGCAUCGGAAUCGCGAUUGGGCGCAUUGUUCCUAGACCAAGGCGAUGUGGCCGCUGCCACACGUUACUUCGAGCUUGCUGCCCGCUGGGGGUGGAUGGAAGCGUAUUACUACCUGGCGGAGAUGGCCAACUUCGGCGUCGGCAGACAACGGCACUGCGGCGUCGCUGCUGCCUAUUACAAGGUUGUUGCUGAAAAGGCGGAAAUCAUCCACUCGGCCUUUGCGGAGUCGAAUUCUGCUUACGAGGCCGGUGACAAGGAGGGAGCUCUCAUUCCAGCGAUGAUGGCCGCUGAACAGGGCUACGAGAAUGCCCAGGCAAAUGUGGCUUACCUUCUCGACGAGCAGCAGUCCUUGCUUUCACUAAGUUCCAUUUUCCCAUGGGCUGAAAAGAGCCGGUCUUCGUUGCUGCGCAAUGCGGCUCUGGCUUUGAUCUACUGGACACGAUCCUCGAAGCAGGCUAACAUCGACUCGUUGAUCAAGAUGGGUGACUACUACCUGUCCGGUACAGGUACCGUUAUGGAUGCAGAGAAAGCCUCUGCUUGUUAUCACAAUGCCGCUGAAGCACACCACAGUGCACAGGGCUACUGGAAUCUGGGCUGGAUGCACGAGAACGGCGUAGCGGUGGACCAAGAUUUCCACAUGGCCAAGCGAUACUAUGAUCUGGCCCUCGACGUCAGCCCUGAAUCAUAUCUGCCAGUCAAACUCAGCUUGCUCAAGCUCCGGGUCCGAGGGUAUUGGAACCACAUCACCAAUGGAAAUAUCAACCCCAUCCGCGACGAGGAAGACUCGAAACCCCCUCGCACUUUCAAGGAAUGGAUUACGACCUUUAUCCACAAUGACGAGGAAAGCUAUUACGAUGAGCUUUACGAACAACGCGGGGAGGAUGAUGAAUACCGUGGCCUUGAUGCUGAUAGUCACGAGGACGGCUACUAUGAUGACCUGGAUCUCGAGAUUGACGAAGGAAUGCUAGAGGGUCUUCUGAUUGUCGGGUUGGCCGCUACGCUCUUGGUGCUGGUCUAUGUUCGUCAACAGCAGCAACGGCGUAACCGGCAGAAUGAGAAUGCCAAUGCCAAUGCUAAUGCCAACGCCAACGCCAACGCCAAUGCCCAAGGAAAUGGGGACCGCGGCUUUUUCCCACAGCCCGGAGACCCUGAAUUUGGGCAGUGGGUGGCAGGAGGAGUUGGGCAUUGA